AUGUUGCCUACCCCUAUAGUAGAAACGUCGAAGGGAAAAGUACAGGGUAUGAUAAGUGAAAGUGGUUCUGGUACAAAAUUCUUUACUUUUAAAAGUAUUCCAUAUGCUAAACCUCCGAUAAAUGAGUUAAGAUUUGCUCCACCAGUACCCCCAGAACCAUGGGAAGGAAUUCGAGAUGCCACAAAAGAUUGCAGUAUCUGUGCCCAAUUCGAUAAAGACUCAUUCAAGGUUGUGGGUGAUGAAGACUGUUUAUAUUUAAAUAUCUAUACUCCAAAGCUUCUGGAACAAAAUGCGAAACCAUUACCAGUUAUGGUAUUCUUUCAUGGUGGUGGCUUUGUCUUUGGCAAUGGUACAGAUGACUCCAUACAUGGAGCUGACUAUUUGGUUGAAAAAGAUGUUGUAGUUGUUAGUUUAAAUUACCGUUUAGGUAUACUAGGGUUUCUCUGCUUGGACUGUAAGGAAGCACCUGGAAAUAUGGGUCUGAAAGAUCAAGUUCAAGCUUUAAAGUGGGUCAAACAGAAUAUUCAAAACUUUGGUGGUGACCCAGAAAAUGUUACUAUAUUUGGCAUAAGUGCUGGUGGUGCAUCAGUGGAGUACUUAAUGCUAUCGCCUAUGUCAAAAGGUCUGUUUCAUAAAGCAAUUGCUCAAUCAGGAUCGUCCUUAUUGCACUGGGCGCAGUCUUCUAAAAUAAAACAGCUAGCUGGUAUGAUCCCAGUAAUGAAAAAAGUACCAGUUGGAGAUGACAGUGACUUACUGAAGUAUUUAAAAGGCAUGUCUACACAAGAUCUGAUAGCUACAUCCAUGUUGGUUUUGGCUGCAGAUAAAUGGAGAGGUGGUAUUCAUUUUGGGUUUGUACCAACUGUGGAAAAACCAGUUGAUUGGGAACCAUUUGUAAGUAAAUCGACAUAUGAUUUGUUAGCUCAGGGAGAGUUCCAUAAAGUUCCAUACAUGGCUGGGUUUUGUGAGCGGGAAGGCCUUCUAAUGGUGACACAUGCGGCACCAAUACUAGAACAAUUGAUGAAGCAUAAGAAAUUUUCGCCACAUCUCCCAUUUGGUCUUGAUGAAAGUGAAACAGCUGACUUGGAGACAGAGGUCAAAGCGAUAUAUCUAGACGGGGAGAAGAAAUAUGAUGAACCCGAUUCAUUUGCAAUAGACUUCUUUACAGAUGUAGAUUUUUUGGGUGGUGUUUACGUAUCAACAAUGUUGAUAGCAAAACAUAAUUCACCAGUUUAUUUCUACGACUUUGCAUACGAUGGUAAUUUGAAUUAUAUAAAGAAGAAACACAAGAUGAAUAGAGCUGGCGCUUGUCAUGGUGAUGAUGGAGGGUAUAUUGUUUGGAGCAGCAUACUUACAGACCCUACGGAGACAGAUUUACUUGUUAAGGACCGAAUGUGCACUAUGUGGACUAAUUUUGCUAAGUAUGGAAAUCCCACACCGAAAACAGAUGAGCUUAUUCCAUGUAUUUGGGAACCGAUUGCUGAAACAGGAUUGACCUACCUGCAAAUUGAUAAGGAUUUGACAAACAAACAUACAUUAUACUCAAAACGGAUGAAGCUUUAUACCGAGCUAUAUGCAAAAUACUACCAGCCUUAA